AUGCUGAACGGGAUCGAAAACGCCUAUUUCAACGAGUUCCGACGCAGCGAGAUCGUGUACAGUAUGCGAGAUAUCCGGGACCAUCUCACCACCAUUCGAUGGUAUGUCGAAGAGGGCACCAAGAUCCACAACGAUCUGCAUCACAAGGUGGAGAUCACCAAUCGCGUGCGCUAUGGCAAGCUGAUCUACAUCAUCACCGCGUUCCAGACCAUCUUUCUGCCGCUGCAGACGAUCACGGCGAUCUACGGAAUGAACUUCGAUGUGUUUCCCGAGCUCCACUUCGAAUACAGCUAUUACAUCUUUUGGGUGGUUUCGGUGAUGUUAGCCCUCAUUCUCGGUUAUUUUCUUUUUCGAUCGCGUGUUUGA